GUUAAUAACCAAACCUAAUUUCAUUCCUCUUUGUUGUGGAUGAUUGAUUUAUUGCCCUCAUUUCAAAACCAAAAUCAUGAGUCCUUCACAAUUCCAGGCAAAGAGAGAAAUCACCACCACCACCACUACCACCACCGUCUUCAGGAAUGGCAAUGGUUUGUCGCCGCCAUCCUUAAAAAUUAAUAAGGAUUCACAUUCCAUUAAAAAAUCACCAUCAUCAUCGUCAUCACCACCACCACCAUCUUUAUCUUCAUCCUCAUCAUCAAUAUCAUCCUCCCUUGUUAAUAGCGUGGCGGGAUCAAACAAGCCACCGCAGCAACGCCAGCCGGUGAUAAUCUACACGCAUUCUCCCCGGGUCAUACACACAGACCCUAAGAGUUUCAUGGCAUUGGUGCAAAAGCUCACCGGGCUCUCUCGCUCUCAAGAUGAUGGCGGGUGCAACAACAACCCGUCAUCUCAAUUAAAGCAAGAGCCCGGUGGUGGCAUAACAGUGACAUCAAGGGACAAGGAGAGCGACCGGAAGAUGGUAGUUAUGGCUAGGAGCGAGGACAAUGAGGCAUCUUCGGGGAUCACCGAUGAGAACAAUUGUAGCAGCAGCAUUGGUGAAAAUCAGGUUAACUCUUGUUUUGUGGGGGCGGAGCCUCCGAUCAUGGAGCCUCCGCUGAACCCUUACAUGACAAACUUUGCAAUGUUGCCGCCAAACUCGGCUGAUUUCAUGUGCUCGAGUCAGCCAUUUUUGAAUUACUCGGAUUCGUUAUUCUUCUCUAAUAACAUGAGGGCCUCUAUUCCAAACUCUGCCUCCUUGGAAGGGAUUAAAGAGUUUCGUGACUAUUGACAAUAGUUGAAGUCUCUUUCCGGAUUUAAUUUUUGAUGCCAAUAAAAGUUCUAAUUUUCCAGGAUAGAACUUCAAAUUGUUUUUGAGAUUGUUGUUUUUUGUAGAAAAAGUGGUGGUUACAAUGAAUUAUUCCAUUUUUUUAAUGCUUAGUUUCAUAGAUUAAUUUGUAGUCCAGAAUAAUAAAGGAAGGUUUGGCUUUCUGUAUAUGUUGCUAUGUGUCUAUUUCUUUGUUUUAUGUAUGAUUUCAGAGCUUUGACAUGCUUUUCUGGGAUAUUUUCGUAUGUGUUUCAAUUUGUAUAACAGUUUAGGAUAAAAAACCAAUUAGUUGUGUAUCGAAGGAACCUUGCAAAAGUUUUCAAGAGAUGCAAUGUAAUUAUGGGUUGCAAAAGCAUAAAAUAAUGAAAAGAUAAAAUUGUUGGAAG